AUGUGGCACCCCAAGCCUGUGUACCCCAACCCGCGGGGGAUGCUCGGGGCACAGGCCGAAGCGACAUCUAGCGGGAAGUGCAUCCCGUCACCUGGGAGAUCGAUAUCCAUGGCAACCCCUCGGGGCCACCAGCACCCUGCCUGGACCAGGACACCCACCAGCACCCGGCAGAGCCCCCAGUCAGGCUGCCAAUCAGAGGGAGAGCUGCGGCGGAUUGGCCGGCACGGGACGGUGGCGGCGGCCAGGCUUCCUGCGGCCGCCUUUGCACUGACCCCGGCAUGGUACGUGGCCCGUCCCUCCCUGCUUGUUCCCGGGGGGGCCUUGGGGACACCCCCCGGCACCGUUGACAGCCGACGGCUCCCUUCCAGCCUGCACCGCUACAAGCACCCCUCGGACGAGGAGCUCUGCGCCCUGGCAGGGAAGCAGCGCCCCAGGGCCCGGCGGGACAGGAGGAUGAAUGGCGUGACGGAUGACAAGCCCCUCUCUGUGCCCCGGGACAUCGACCUCCGCCUGGACACCAGCCCCAUCACCGCCGUGGAUGCUCUCGUGCUGCGUUAUUUCCUGGACUACCAGUGGUUUGUGGAUUUUGCCGUCUACUCCACCGCCGUGUACAUCUUCACCGAGGGCUACUACUGCCUGGCGGACCCCCAGAAGGAGACGAACAUCGGGGUGCUCUGGUGCCUGCUGACAGUCAUCUUCUCCGUCAAGGUUUUCUUCAUGGUGAUGCGCCAUUACUUCCGCUCGGAGGAGGGAGGUGAGCGCUCUGUCUGCCUCACCUUCGCCUUCUUCUUCCUCCUCCUCGCCAUGGUGGCCCUGGUCAUCCGCGAGGACUACCUGGAGUUCGGCCUCGAGCCCGGGCUGGCCAGUGUCACUAGCAACCUGGAGAGCAUCCUGAAGCAGCGGGGCUGGGAGUGGACGCUGCCCCUCGCCAAGCUGGCUUUCAAGCUGGGGCUGGUGGCCCUGUGCUCCUUCCUGGGUGCCUGCCUGACCUUCCCGGGGCUGCGCCUGGCCCAGACACACCUUGAUGCUCUCCGGAUGGCAGCCGACAAGCCCCUGACCCAGGUCUUGCUCCACGUGAGUUUCCUGGCGCCUGUCCUCGUGGUGGUGAUGUGGAUCAAGCCCAUCUCACGGGAAUUCCUGCUCCACGCGCCCAUGGGCAAGCAGACGGUGCAGAUCAUGUCAGACUCUGCCUACAACACCGCGCGCCUCUGGACCAUUGUCGGCCUCUGCCUGCUGCGCCUGGCUGUCACUCGCCAUCACCUCCAGGCAUACCUGGGCCUGGCCGAGCGCUGGGUGGAGCAGAUGAGGAAGGAAGCUGGGCGCAUCACCAUCCUGGAGAUCCAGCGCAAGAUCACGAGGAUUUACUGCUACGUCUCCGUGGUCAGCCUGCAGUACCUGGGGCCCAUCAUCCUCACCCUCCACUGCACGCUGCUCCUCAAGACGCUGGGGCACCACUCGUGGGGGCUGUACCCAGACCCCCUUCCCCUCCCUCCGGCAGCGACCGCAGCACCGCCACGUCCCAGCGGCGAGGACAGGGAGGACGUGCGUGCUGCGGUGGAGCAGAUCACCAGCAUCUUGGGUGCCAUCUUCACCCCUCUCUUCUUCCGUGGACUCUUCGCCUUCCUCACCUGGUGGGUGGCUGCCUGCCAGGUUGUCACCAGCCUCUUCGGCCUCUACUUCCACCAGUACCUGGCAGCCUCCUGACUGGGAGGUAGCUGGGAUGUGCCUUGGGGCACAGCUGGUGCCCUGGCUGCUGGUCCCUUUGCUCCUGCCUUGGCUGGUUUCUCCCUUUGCACGUGCUGGUGGCACACAUGGACACGCACGUGGGGAUAUUUCUGCCUCCAGGUCUUGGCAUUAUAGGUUUUAUGUGUCUGGGCCAGCGCGGGCAUCACCCGCUCCUGCUGCCCAUCACCACCGUGCCUGCUCUCACCCUGCCGCCGCUCCAGCCCCUCCUCCCGUUCCUGGCCCCGGACAGUGAUGGAGGAGCUGAAGUGCCAUGGCCGGGUUCGGUGCUGCCUGCUCUGAGCUGACACGGGGACGCUCUGCCACUGUGUUUCCUUUGAGGACACAGGGACACCACGCUGCCGGCCGCCGUGUUUCCCUGGAGGGCGGCAGCUCCUGCUAGCCCAGGCAGUCCGUGCCGGGCAGGGGACCCGGUGGGGAUCGCCCCUCCGUGGUGCAGAGCUCAUGGCCGGGUUGGAGUGGUGGCGCAGCUCUCCAGCACAGAUUCGGGGGUUGCUUUGCCUAGCGUUUGCCCCCACCAGCUGCAGGCAAGGGUGUUUUUGUAGGGUCGCUGCUCCAGCCAGCUGGGAUGGAGCUCCUUGGGGUCAUCCCUCUGCUUCGUGUGAAAUCCUCAGGCUCAGCAGCCCUGGCUGUUGGCUGUUUCAGAAAUAAAGAAGUACCCCAGA